AUAGACUUUUAUUAUGGAAAGCAGCCUGUAGCCGUGCAAACGGAAGUAUGCAUGUGUAUAUUUGAGGAUGUACAGUUGAACGCACUUGCCUGACACUAUCUAUCAUUCAGAAGGCAGCUCUGGUGCGGGGGAAAUAUGCCGACCUUGUCCUUGCCUCUUUCAAACCUGCUCAGAAAUAAAGAGAGUUUUAAGAGACUGAUCACGCACUUUAAGUAUCUGCACACUAGAAGCGGGACAUGGUCGGUCAACAGCAGCACUCUAUUGACCAGACGCUCCUGGGGACCGAUAUGUGCUCUCGUGUCCCGGAGGCAGGGUCCCCUGGGAAAACUGACAGCAGGGAACAUGUGCACCAGCUCCAGUGACGACAAGACCAGCUGGCUCUGGUCUGUUUACAAUGAAACCAAACAGCGAACGCAAGAUUUAAUUCCUGUGAUAUCAAGUAACUUUGUCAACCCAGACACCAUCUUUGCCAAUAAUCAGAUGAGUCUGCAGGACAUUGAGAUCUAUGGCUUUGACUAUGACUACACACUAGCUUUCUACUCCAGUCACCUUCACACACUCAUUUUCAACAUCGCCCGAGACAUCCUCAUCGAAGAGCACAGGUAUCCAGAGGGAUUGAGGGAAUAUGAUUACAUCCCUAAUUUUGUGAUUCGUGGUCUGCACUAUGAUGUCCAAAAGGCCUUACUGAUGAAGAUUGAUGCCUUUCAUUAUAUCCAGCUGGGUACUGUGUACAGGGGUCUUAAUCCUGUGCCAGAAAAGGAGGUCAUUGCUAUGUAUGAGGGUUCCCACGUACCCCUCGAGAUCAUGAGUGACUUCUAUGGCAAGAGCUCUCACGGUCACACCAUGAAGCAGUUCAUGGAUAUCUUCUCCCUGCCAGAAAUGACUCUGUUGUCGUGUGUUAAUGACUACUUCCUGAGGCACAACAUCGACUACGAGCCUGUUCAUCUUUAUAAAGACGUCAAGGAGGCCAUUGGAGAUGUCCAUGUCAGAGGGAUUAUGUAUCGAGCGGUAGAGGCUGAUAUCGAAAAGUACAUCUGUUACGGUGAACAGACACAUGCUGUUUUACAGAAGCUGUCUAAGAUUGGCAAGAAGAUGUUUUUGAUAACCAACAGCCCUUUUGAUUUUGUAGAUCGAGGCAUGAACUAUAUAGUUGGGAAAGACUGGCAGGACCUGUUUGAUGUUGUCAUAGUGCAGGCCGACAAGCCAGGCUUUUUCAACGACAGGAGGAAACCAUUCAGACGAGUCACUGAUAAAGGCGUGUUGUUAUGGGACAGAAUUCACCAACUUGAGAAAGGGCAGAUCUAUAAACAGGGAAACCUGUAUGAGUUUUUGCGGCUUACAGGAUGGAGGGGCUCAAAGGUUUUGUACUUUGGAGAUCACAUUUACAGUGACCUUGCCGACCUGACCCUGAAACACGGUUGGAGAACAGGAGCUAUCAUUCCUGAGUUGCGUAAGGAGAUCAAAAUCAUGAAUACUGAAGAAUACGUCCACACCAUGACCUGGCUGCAGGCCCUGACCGGGCUUCUGGAACAAAUGCAGGUGCACCAGGACCCUGCGUCACAAUCAGUGAUCCAGCAGUGGAUCAGUGAAAGAGAGGAUAUGAGGUUACGGACCAAAGACAUUUUCAACGGCAAGUUCGGGAGUCUUUUUCGCACGUACCACAACCCGACCUACUUCUCGCGCCGUCUCUCCCGCUUCGCCGACAUCUACAUGGCGUCCCUCAGCUGUCUGCUGAACUACGACCUCCAGCACACCUUCUACCCCCGACGCACACCCCUCCAGCACGAGUCUCCUAUCUGGCCCGAGCAGACCAGCUUCCAGAGCCACAGGACAACCAGCGGGUCCCAGAGAGAGACUUAAGGACAGAGGCUUUAAAGUGUACGUACCACAGAACAGCCACGGUUAGAUGUUACAUCUCUUCCGUCAGAUUCAGCAUGUAGUUUUGUUUCGAUAAACGUGAGUCGCUUCAAAUAAUAUAAUUCUAGUGUAGAUCUGCGCUGUGGUACAUGCAAUCUGUCGAUACCUUAAUUUUAUAUGUAACCUUUCUUGUAAAAUGGAUGACAAUGGAGUUUACAUGGA